CAGAGACUAAACGAGUGGGAGUGGUUUUGGUCCCAGGGCCGUGGGACCCCGUAGUAUUGAAAGUCGUCCUUUUUUCUUUCCUUUAAACCCAACAACACGCGCUCUUCCCCUUAUAUCAACGCGGAGACGGCUUCAUCCGCUUAAUGGAUAUGGAUAUGUGUCGCGUGUGCUGUUACCAAAUGUUGAGGCAUAGGUACUUGAGGCUUGUUUUGAGGAUGGCAGUACCAACAGCUGCCUGUCGUGUACUCGGUUCCACAGUUGCCACACGUAUGCAUCUGCAUAUUGUCGAUAUAUUUGCUGUUUUCCUCUGGGUGGGAUGUAUGUAUGCUAUGAUAGCCGGCGGGUUAGGUGCACCUAUUGCUGCCAAGUCAGAUAAGACUUUUUUUUAUUCUCCUAGGCGAUGGGACGGAGGCGUGGGCCGGUUCAACUUACGAGCACUAUACUGGGAUACUGGGUUCGGUGUUUCUCUAGAUUUCCUAUUGAGAUGGGAGCACGAACACGUGAAGGGAGUGUUUAGAUAUUAAAAGUUGAAGCUGUAGUUGUGGCUGAGGCGACGAGGAGAAGAUUGUACGUUUGAUGCGUUUGAUGGAAGAAUAAAUUCAAAGCGACGGCUCUCCCCUCCGUUUCUGGGGAAGCUAGACUAGAAAUUGUAUGCUGGGGGGUUUGCUCAGCAAGGUCCAAGUUCCCUUGAGGGAUGGAUCGUCUGUGUGGAUUAACAACUUUAAUA